GCAUACGUAUUUCCCGCAAAACCGCAUCUUUCAACGAACGCCAGGAAUGUCAUCCGAGGCGCAAACAUUCCAGUGCAACGGCGCCUAGGCAAAAUCUCCCACCCGACGACAUUUACGACGAAAAAUGGCGCCCGGUGAAUCUUCGAGGCCGUCGUCGCAUCGACCACGAGACUCAUCGGGCAAGAAACACCAUCACAAGAAACGACGAUCGCGCGCAGAGGGAUCCAGACGGCCGGCCACGGACUCGGGCGAGAGCAGGGACGAAAGGAGAUCACAAACGCUAUCCGUGGAUGCAUUGGCGAAGCUGAACCAGGAUAACGUCAAGAGGCAAAAGAGAAGGGAGAAGAAAGAGUCAGGCGCGGGCGGUGGCAAGCCAUCGAGGGACGCCAACGCAGAUGCAGAACGGCGGGAGAGACGGAGGGCACGACGCGAAGCCGCCUACCGGGAUGCGCCCACAGAACGACCAAAGAGGGUGAGGCGAGAGGAGGAUAGGGAAGUGGUCUAUGAGAAGCCCAGGAAAGAGCACAAGAACAAGAAGAAACGUGUGGUUAGCGGCGCUAUCAUGGAGGAGGGACGGUCACGAGGGCAUUUGAGAGGUGGAGGAUGGAACAGCUCCGACCACAGCUUCGAGAAGGAAUAUCUCAUGGAAGACCCUCCGAAACCGGUAAAGAAGCGGAAGAAGCUUUGGAUAUGCCUCGGUGUCUCAUUAGUGCUUCUCAUCAUCAUCAUCGUAGUAGCGGUGGUGGUCAGCAAGAACAACAACAAGAGCAGCAACACGAAAACGACCCUCGACGACGGGAACAAGGACAGCGUCCCGAUGAAGUGGCGCGGCACCUACCUCGAUCCGUGGUCAUGGGAGGACACAACCGACUUCAACGUCACCUUCACCGAUCAAAUGGUCGGCGACCUGCCCGUCAUGGGCCUCUACACCGACUGGGACGACUCGGCAAAGGCAAACGACAAGGUGCCGGCGCUCAAAGACGCCUGGGACUCCUACGGCUCACGGCCCGCUCGCGGCGUCAACGUCGGCGGCUGGCUGAACCUCGAGCCCUUCAUCACCCCUUCCCUCUUCAACUACGACUCCCGCCUCGGCAUCAUUGACGAGUACACGCUGUGCAACCACCUUGGCACGAAGCAGACGGCCGAGGUGCUCGAGAAGCACUACUCGACCUUUGUCACCGAGUCCACUUUCAAGGAAAUCGCCGACGCCGGUCUCGACCACGUCCGCAUCCCCUUCAACUACUGGGCCGUCGAGGUCUACGACGGCGACCCCUACCUCUUCCGCACCUCGUGGCGCUACCUCCUCCGCGGCAUCGAGUGGGCACGCAAGUAUGGCCUCCGCGUCAAUCUCGACGUCCACGGGCUGCCAGGAAGCCAAAACGGCUGGAACCACUCGGGCCGCCAGGGCGCCAUCGGCUGGCUCAACGGCACCGACGGCGCGACAAACGCCCAGCGCAGCCUCGACAUGCACGACCGCCUCUCCAAGUUCUUCGCCCAGGACCGCUACAAAAACAUCAUCGCCUUUUACGGCCUCGCCAACGAGCCGCGCAACGUGGACCUCAACAACGCCGACGUCGUCUCGUGGACCGCGCAGGCCUACAAGCUCGUCAAGGGCAACGGCAUCGGCGGCGUCGUCGUCUUUGGUGACGGCUUCAUGGGCCUGGCCAACUGGCAAGGAAAACUGACGGGCUACAGCGACCUCGCGCUCGACGUGCACCAGUACGUUAUUUUCAACACUGAUCAAAUCGUCUACACGCACAAGAAGAAGGUCGAGUACGCCUGCAGCGGGUGGACGGAGCAGACGGAGCAAUCCAUGGACACCUCCACGGGCUACGGCCCGACGCUGUUCGCCGAGUGGUCCCAAGCCGACACGGACUGCGCCAAACAUUUAACGAAUGUCGGCUGGGGCAACCGGUGGACGGGCACCUACAACACGGGCAACGCGACGACGUCGAUCCUCGAGCCGCGGUGUCCGACCGAGGACUCGAAGUGCGACUGCGACACGGCCAACGGCGACGCGGGCGGCUUCAGCAGCGACUACAAGAAGUUUCUGCAAAUGUUUGCCGAGGCGCAGAUGCACUCGUUCGAAAAGGGGUGGGGGUGGUGGUACUGGACGUGGGACACGGAGAGCGCGCCGCUGUGGAGUUAUAAAAAGGGCCUCGCGGCCGGGAUCCUGCCGGCCAAGGCGUAUGAUCGGGACUUUGACUGCUCCGGGACCGUGCCGGACUUUGGGAGCCUGGCGGAGACCUACCGGAUGUGAGAGAAUGGGAUGGAGGGAAACCUGGAUACGGUUCGGAAGUUCCGUACCGGAGGUCCGGAGGCUCGUUCUUGGUGGGUGGGCCCCUGGUUGUGCGACUCUGUUGUCGACGACGUGCGUUUGGUUGUCCGACGACAUGCGUACCGGGGUUUUCAUAUAUGCUAUUUGCAUGCAAUGGGCGUUUUUGUUUUUGCUUCUUAUUGUUUUCUUGUCAUUUGCCCCUAUUUCCGGGGUUCAAGGGUUCAGCAACUGCAUUUCAACAUCAACAUCAACGAAAGCGAGAGAAACAUAAGUAUACUAGAAAGAAUAGCUAGCUGGGGUUCAUGAUGAUCAUGUAAGUAAAGAUACGGAGGGAAAGGAUGAAUAAGGGCUCAUGUAUGAUAAUAACGCCAAUGGAGACCGCACAUGAUUUCAACUCCAUCAAAGUAGAUAGAGAGAGAAAGAGAAAAAGGGAGGAAAUGAAAUGAUGAAAAAAUCACGCACCAUCGGGG